AUGUAUGGUCAACAACAUCACUACAACCAUCCUGACCAGUCGUGGAUGCAUCCGUCCUCCAACUAUCAGCAUCAAGCACAGCAAGUCGCUAUCAACGCCGCCCAGCAACAUCAUGGCCGUAUCCAAGGCGGCCCCAACAUGGCCGCAUCCAUGGGUGGGCAUAUCCAGGACACGGGCAUGGAGACUUUGACCGAGGACAAUCGUCGCACCAUGGGGUUCGUUGCCGACCUCCUCAAUGAGACCACUCGCGAAGCCGCUCUUCUGGAGCUUAGCAAAAAGCGCGAGCAGGUUCCUGAACUAGCUAUGAUUCUGUGGCACUCCUUUGGCGUGAUGACCUCCCUUAUGCAGGAGAUUAUCUCUGUAUAUAACCUUUUAAACCCCUCGCAGCUUACUGCUGCGGCAUCCAACAGAGUCUGCAAUGCACUAGCAUUGCUCCAGUGUGUGGCAUCCCACAACGAUACCCGGACUCUUUUCCUGAACGCUCACAUCCCUCUGUUCCUCUAUCCGUUCCUAAACACGACAUCCAAGUCUCGCCCUUUCGAGUACUUGCGACUGACUUCCCUCGGUGUAAUCGGAGCACUUGUUAAGAACGACUCCACCGAGGUAAUCAAUUUCCUUCUCACGACUGAGAUCAUCCCUCUCUGCCUUCGCAUCAUGGAGACCGGGUCCGAGCUUAGCAAAACUGUAGCCAUCUUCAUCGUUCAGAAAAUCUUGCUUGAUGACAAUGGUCUUAACUAUAUCUGCGCUACCUAUGAGCGUUUCUAUGCUGUCGGAACCGUGUUGAGCAAUAUGGUCGCUCAACUCGUUGAGCAACAGACCGCACGAUUGCUUAAGCACGUCGUGCGCUGCUUCUUGCGUCUUAGCGACAAUGCGCGUGCCCGAGAAGCUCUUCGCCAAUGCUUACCAGAGCCCCUUCGAGAUGCCACCUUCAGCAACGUGCUACGUGAUGAUGCAGCAACUAAGCGGUGCCUAGCGCAACUUCUAAUCAAUCUAUCAGACAAUGUGGUGGAGACUUCAACAGGAGAUAAUCAUCGUCUCAGCUAG